UUUAAUUUAGGUCAACACCAAAAUAAAAGAGAUGCCGUGCUACCACGUGAUUAGAAAAAUUUCCCCAAUAAAUUAGGAUGCUACAUUGACUUCAUAUCAUUACACUUUUUCCUCUACAUUUAAAAGACACACACAAUAGCCAGGGGUAGAGCAAAACAUUGCCCCAUUUUUCUUGGCAUCUUAACAUAUACUAUAUCACCUUAAACUCAUGCCAUCUUAUUAAGGAGGCCUCCGAUCCACUCCCCCUCUCCACGAGUCUCGAAAUGGGAAGGCCUCCGUGCUGUGACAAAGUCGGGAUCAAGAAGGGUCCGUGGACUCCCGAGGAGGAUAUAAUUUUGGUGUCCUAUAUUCAAGAACAUGGUCCCGGUAAUUGGAGAGCAGUACCUACUACCACCGGAUUGUUGAGGUGUAGCAAGAGCUGCAGGCUGCGAUGGACGAACUACUUAAGACCCGGGAUCAAGAGGGGCAAUUUCACCCCUCAUGAAGAAGGGAUGAUAAUCCAUCUACAAGCUUUGCUAGGCAACAAAUGGGCCGCCAUAGCCACGUACCUGCCACAGAGGACAGACAACGACAUCAAGAACUACUGGAACACGCACUUGAAGAAGAAGCUCAAGAAGUUCCAAUCCGGUUUGGAUGCAAAUCACCAGAUGGCGCCAAAGAGUUACAGUGGCGAAAGCAGCAAGCAUGAUUCAUCAAGCCGCCUCAGAACUGAGGAGAAUUCAUCGUUGUAUGCUUCAAGCACAGAGAACAUCUCGAGGCUUCUAGAAGGAUGGAUGCGGUCGUCCCCUCUCCAGACCAACGCCAGCCUAAAUGGAAUCGGCGAUCAUGAUAAUAAAUUAUAUUACAGCGAUUUUGGGAAAAUGAUCCCGAAUCACGAAAGCCAGUGCUACAGGCCACACAAGAACGAACACGGGAUUAUGCCCUGUGAUCAUGAUUUGGAAGGGUUUUUUGAGUUUGAUCAUCAUCAACGUUUGAACAGCAUGGCGGUGUCGUCUGAUUCUAGCCAGAAGGGCUCUGACAGCAGUGGAUUGAUCGAUCACGAUAAGGUUUGCUUCAAGCACGACGACGAGAAGGCCAAUCCGCCACUGUCGAUUAUUGAGAAAUGGUUGCUGGAUGAGAGUGCAGCUCAAGUUGAAGGAGCUAUGGAAUUGCCUCCCAUAUUUUAGUUUCAUUUCUUGAGUAUAAUUAAAUUUGCAUAUUUAUUAAUAUUAGCAGGGAAAUGGAAGUGUUAUGAGCAUCUGAAAUUUUUUAAUUUCAGAAACUUACUUAUCUUCUGCUAGGGUUCCAAAAAGUUGGAUCACUCUACUUCUCCCCCUUUUUUACUUAGUGUUUGAUUUUAAUUUGUUAAACAUUAGUUACUUGAUGUUAUAAUUAGUCAGUGUUGCUAAAUUUACUAUAGCAUACAUGUGCCGCGGAUUUAUUUUUUUA